AUUUCUUCCAGUACCUGACCCCAUGUCUCUGAGUGGGACUGAAGCAACCCCUCCUAACAUGAGUCAUCUAGAUGCUUUGGAGUGGGAGCUUACCUGCCCCAUCUGCUUGCAGCUAUUCUCUGUGCCGGUUUCUCUUCCCUGUGGUCACAUCUACUGCUUUGCCUGCCUCCAGACCAUGGGAGAAGGCCUUGACCAACACAGCUGCCCUGAGUGCCAGGCAUCUUAUCAGGGAACCACAGCCCUCGUGAGAAGCUUCAAAAUGUGCAGCAUGGUGGAGACCUACAAAGCCACUGCUGUGAAAAUUGGCUCCCCUGCCAGCCCUUCUAACGUCGGCCAGGUAGCAGUCAGGAGUCAGGAAAGCUCAGAUACUCUUCCUGUGGACCGAGAACAAAGCAGUAAAAAAGGCAAAAUAGAAAUGGAUGAACCUAAGUUCAGACUGGCGUCUCAGGUCACAGAGUUGAACCUGAAGUUGGAGAUGGCAGAGGGUGUUUUGAAGAAAGAGAAGGAACGGGAGUUAGAGGUGGCCACUGCUAAUACUCAGCUGAGAGAGAAUUCAUCCGAACUGUUAGAGCAGAUAAAGGAUUUGUCACAACGCUAUGUUGUGGAGGUGACGCAGAUCAUUGAGGAGGAGUUAGGUCCAGGUGAGGCCACGAUAGUCUGUCGAGUCAGUAAAGCCUCUGAGCUGACUAAGCAGCUGAGGCGGGCAAUGCUCAUAGCUGAAUCCCUGUUGACUGAAGAAGAUGAGACUGCAUUCAAUGACGAGCUCCAAAGCCUGCAACCGCACAUUGCAGAGUUAAUGGCAAAACCAGUGGGUGAAGAGGAAGACUAUGUGGAGUCAAAAGUCAACCCUGCACGAGUCUGUCCCAAGCUGGAAAACAUGAAUGCUGAGCUGCGGAAAAGACUUGGAGAGAUUCAGCGCUCUCUUCACAGCGCCCUCAACCCUUCAGAGGUAACCUUUGACCAGGAAACGGCCCAUCCUAACCUCGUUCUCUCAGAGGACUUGAAGACGGUAACUUUCAGCCCUACAAAACAGCCCUACCCCUCCUCCCCUCAGAGGUUCACCAACUUCUUCCAGGUCCUCAGCACUCAGAGUUUCUCUGAAGGUGACCACAGCUGGGAGGUGGAGCUUGAAGGCUCCCCAUGGAUCAUCGGAUUUUGCUACAGUGGGAAGCUGGCACGCACCGGGCUGCCCUCUGCCCUGGAAAGCAGCCGGAGCUCCUGGUGUCUGAUGUGGUUCAACAACCUGCUGACGGCCUUUGAGCAGGGUCGCAACGUGCCACUGAAGAAGACCUCAAUGUCAUGUAAACUGGAGAUCAAACUCAGCUUCAAGACCCAUAGGCUGAGCUUCUACAACAUCAGCGCCAUCAGCGGGAAGACUCAUGUGUACACGUUUAAGGCCAACCUGACUGAGCCAGUACACCUGGCGUACAGGAUGAUGUCAGGGCACCCAAAAGCCCGUGUCACUGUUUAUUCUUAAUACAUUUCUAUUACCUAUAUUGUUUACUUCACAGUAAAUGUGCUGCAUUGACCAACAAUGUAAUAAUAUUUAAGAAUCAGAUCUGAAUUGUAUACUGACCGAAUGUUAGAGCCGUUAGAUGUGUCUUGACAGAAGAAAAACUCUUCCCUCAUUUCAAAUAAUUUAUAAAUUUAUAAAUUCUUCUGGAACCUCUGCUUAUUUCUGCUUUGGUUGUUUUGUGUUAUAAUAAAAAACAGUG